AUGGACGGCUGGAGCCCCAUAGCCGCGGACACGGUCUCCGACAGAUCCAGCAGCUCGGAGGGGGACUACAUGACCGAGCCUCCCGCAGACCAAGCGCAAAGGCCGGAUCAGGGCGAGCCACAGUCGGCCAGUGCAGGCCCGGAGGAGGGGAAGCUGCUGCUCGGCCGAGUGGAACAUAUGGACGAUAAGGAGCUGCGGUACUUGCACUUGUUGUGGCAGCCAGGGCGGGCUGAGGCGGGCUCCGCGGGGGGGCAGAGGAAGCUGGGGAAGGUCCUGGGGGGCAAGUCCAGGAGGCACAACCGGGCAGUACGUACUCUGGCCCCCAUCGGUAAAGAUAUCUAUGCUGUGAAAAGAUUAAGAGAAGCAGCCAACAGUAACGACAUUGACACAGUCCGGAGGCUUCUGGAGGAUGACAUUGACCCAUGUGCAGCAGAUGAUAAGGGAAGAACUGCACUCCAUUUCUCCUCCUGCAACGGCAAUGAAAGCAUCGUCCAGUUGUUGCUGAGCUACGGUGCGGACCCCAACCAGCGAGACAGUCUCGGAAACACACCUCUACAUUUGGCUGCCUGUACCAACCAUGUGCCUGUAAUCACCACACUGCUCAGAGGAGGAGCUCGUGUUGACGCCUUGGACCGAGCUGGCAGGACGCCUCUACAUUUAGCCCGCUCCAAACUCAAUAUUUUACAAGACGGAGAUUCUCGCAGUCUUGAAAACCUUAGGGGAGAAGUCACACAGAUUAUUCAGAUGCUUAGAGAGUAUCUAAAUCUGAUGGGUCAGAGUGAAGCGAAAGAGCGACUCGAGCACAUAUCCACACAGCUGCAGCACACACGCACUAAAGAACAGGUGGAUGAAGUGACUGAUUUGUUGGCCAGUUUUACGUCCCUGAGUUUACAAAAACAGAAUUUGGGAGAUAGAUGGCGGCUGGUUCUGCGUAAAUUGGACUUUUUAAAGAUCAGCUGA